AUAACCAGCAACUUGCAGACCAGCAGUUCAUGAUUAACAUGACGAGGAACACAAAACCCGCCAUUUUCUUUGUAAUAAUUUGCGUUCCUUUCCUGGGUUUUUCCUUAGAAACAGACACGAUCUCGUCCGGUUUAUUCAUCAAAGAUCCGGACACUAUUAUAUCUCCUGGGCAUGUCUUCAAGUUAGGGUUCUUCACCCCUAAUACCAACUCCACAAACCGCUACUUGGGUGUCUUUUACAACGUUUCUGAGAAAACCGUGAUAUGGGUAGCCAACAGAGACAACCCUCUCAGAGAUUCUUCUGGCUCUGUAACUAUGUCACAGAACGGAAACCUCGUGCUCCUCAACGGUCAAAAUCAAACCAUCUGGUCGACCAACUCCACAGCCACCUCAGCAAAUACCACCACUGCACAUAUUACAGACUCUGGAAACCUUGUUUUGCGUGACAAUGCAACAGGAGCCGCAAUCUGGGAAUCCUUUUCGUACCCCACGAAUACUUACGUGCCAACUAUGAAUAUAACCGACAACAUAAAUACGGGCAAGAAAGUGGUUUUGUCUUCGUGGGCAAAUGAUGAUUCUAACCCUGAAACAGGAAGCUUCACCUCCGGAGUUGUGGCUCUGAAUAUCCCGCAAAUUUUAAUCUGGAAAAACGGCCGCCGCCACUGGAGGAGCGGCCCGUGGAAUGGCCGGAUUCUUAUCGGGGUAAGGGAUAUGUACUCUGCGCUACUCAGUACCGCUAGUAUAUCCAACGAUAGUUCCGGAACUUUCUACUUCACCUUUCCCCAGUGGAGAGUCUUGUCGAAGGUGGAGCUGAAUUCUUCCGGAAGCUUAGCUCUGACGCUGUGGAGUGAACCGAAGCAGAGUUGGGAUGCAUUAUGGUUGGCUCCCGAGACUGGAUGCGACAUUUACGGCACGUGUGGGCCCUUUGGAAGCUGUAAUAAUCAGGGUUCGCCUGUUUGUUCUUGUCUGAAAGGGUUUGAGCCUGCAAAUACAGAGGAAUGGAGGAGAGGGAACUGGACUAGUGGGUGCCGGAGAAUAAAUCAAUUGCAGUGUGAUAUUCAAAACAAUGGUAAAAGUGGAGAUGGGUUUUUCAUGGAGCAGUUUAUGAAGGUUCCGGAUUUUGCUGAUCAGUUUUCGGCGGGAGACAAAGAUGAGUGUCGGAGGAGAUGUUUGAGGAAUUGUUCUUGCAUAGCUUAUGCGCAUGAUGCUAACAUCGGCUGCAUGUUUUGGAGCAACACUACUGCUUUGAUCGAUGUUCAGAAGUUUACUGGUGUUGGUGUUGAUCUUUACCUUCGUCUUUCGGCUUUGGAUUUGGAUAACGACAAAGACAAAAAGCUGUAUAUCAUUAUCCCGAUAGUGGCGGGGUUUGUUUGUAUAUCGGUUUUGAUCUUCAUUGGCUGGUGUUGGUUGGUUAAGAGGAAAGGAGGAAAAACAAAAGAGAAAAGGAUUUUCGAAGCAGAGCAAACACUUUCAUCGGAUUCAACUGCAAUUGUACUCAAAGACGAAUCUGGGAAAAUUAAUAUUGAAGAGUUGCCAUUAUUCACUUUCGAGACACUAGCAAACGCAACUGACCAGUUUCACGAAAACAAUCUUCUUGGAAGAGGUGGCUUUGGUCAUGUUUACAAGGGAAAUCUUGGAAACGGGAAAGAAAUAGCGGUAAAGAGGCUUUCGGCGGCAUCGGGACAAGGAAUGGAAGAGUUCAUGAAUGAAGUGAUUGUGAUUUCAAAGCUGCAACAUAGGAAUCUUGUCAGAUUGCACGGAUGCUGUGUCGAGAAAGAAGAGAAGAUGCUCGUUUACGAAUACAUGCCUAAUAAAAGCUUGGACGUUUGUCUCUUUGACUCGACACAUCCAUCACGAAAGGAUUUAGAUUGGAAGAAACGAUCUAGUAUUAUUGAAGGCGUUGGGCGAGGCCUCAUAUAUCUGCAUAGGGACUCGAGGCUUAGAAUAAUUCAUAGAGACCUCAAACCGAGUAAUGUAUUGCUCGAUGAGAAUUGGAACCCUAAAAUCUCCGAUUUUGGGAUGGCUAGAAUAUUCGGAGGCAACCAAGAUCACGGAAAUACUGCCAGAGUUGUAGGAACAUAUGGAUAUAUGGCACCUGAAUACGCGAUGGAAGGUAGAUUUUCGGAAAAGUCGGAUGUGUACAGCUUUGGUGUACUGAUGUUAGAGAUAGUCAAAGGAGUGAAGAACACACACUAUUACAAUCAAGAAUUGUCUUUGAGCCUUUUAGGAUAUGCAUGGAAAAUGUGGAGAGAAGACAAUGGAUUGGCUUUUGCCGAUAAAAGCAUAGCAAUUGCGGAUUUUAAGGAAGAGAUUAUAAGAUGUAUUCAGAUAGCAUUAUUGUGUGUGCAAGAAUUUCCGAAAGAUAGACCCUCCAUUCAAACUGUAGUGUCAAUGCUCAGCCGUGAAAUAGUGGAGCUGCCACCGCCGGAGCAACCAGUCUUUGCAGAGAAGUGGACCGGGUCAACUCAGCAUUCAACCCAAGUUGGACAGUCUGUAAAUGAUCUCACUGUCACUGUGCUUGAUGGCCGAUGACGACGUGGAAUCUCAAUCGCCUUUGGGUAUCUGUGGUCCAUCGACCCAAGUGUGGUGCUGCUCUACUGACAAAAAAAAAAUUUGUUUCAUAGUUACAGUGGACGACUUACCUUUUUGACCCUCACUUUCCACCAUUUUACUUAAAUACCAACCAACUCUCA